AUGCUCCUGGCCAUCCUGUUCUCCCUCCUGGGGAGUUUCCAGCUCUCUGCUGGCCAUUUCCCUCGAGCAUGUGCUUCUUUCCAGAACCUGCUGGAGAAAGAAUGCUGCCCGCCAUGGAAAGGGGAUGGCAGUCCCUGCGGCCAGCUCUCGGGCAGAGGCUCCUGCCAGGACAUCCUGCUGUCCGACGCACCAUCUGGGCCCCAAUUCCCCUUCACAGGGGUGGAUGACAGGGAGGCCUGGCCCUCUGUCUUCUAUAACAGGACCUGCCAGUGCUCAGGGAACUUCAUGGGAUUCAGCUGUGGAAGAUGCAAGUUUGGAUACUGGGGACCAAACUGCUCACAGAAACGAGUCUUGGUGAGAAGGAACAUCUUUGAUUUGAGCGUCUCAGAGAAAGAUAAAUUCCUCGCGUACCUCACAUUAGCAAAGCACACCAUCAGUGCGGACUACGUCAUCCCCACAGGCACUUACGACCAGAUGAAGAAUGGGUCAACCGCCAUGUUCAAUGACAUCAACAUUUAUGACCUCUUUGUCUGGAUGCAUUAUUAUGUGUCAAGAGAUACGCUGCUUGGGGGAUCUGAAAUCUGGAGAGACAUUGAUUUUGCCCAUGAAGCACCAGGUUUCCUGCCUUGGCACAGACUUUUCUUGCUACUGUGGGAAGAAGAAAUUAGGGAGAUUACAGGGGAUGGGAACUUCACGGUUCCAUACUGGGACUGGCGGGAUGCGGAACGUUGCGACAUUUGCACAGAUGAAUACAUGGGGGGGCGCCACCCUACAAACCCUGACCUGCUCAGCCCGGCAUCCUUCUUCUCCUCUUGGCAGAUCAUCUGCAGCCGACUGGAGGAAUACAACAGUCGCCAGGCUUUGUGCGAUGGGAAUCCCGAAGGACCUUUACUGAGAAAUCCCGGAAGUCACGACACAGCCAGGACCUCCAGACUCCCCUCCUCAGCGGACGUGGAAUUUUGCCUGAGUUUGACCCAGUAUGAAUCUGGCCCCAUGGAUAAAACUGCCAAUUUCAGCUUUAGAAACACAUUAGAAGGAUUUGCUAGUCCAGUUACCGGGAUAGCAGACGCCUCACGAAGCAGCAUGCACAAUGCUUUGCACAUCUAUAUGAACGGAACCAUGUCCCAAGUGCAAGGAUCAGCCAACGACCCCAUUUUCCUUCUUCAUCAUGCAUUUGUUGACAGUAUUUUUGAACAGUGGCUCCGCAGGCACCGCCCACUUCAAGAAGCUUAUCCAGAGGCCAAUACACCCAUUGGGCAUAACCGGGAAUCCUACAUGGUUCCUUUCAUACCUCUCUACAAAAACGGUGACUUCUUUAUUUCAUCCAGAGACCUAGGCUACGAAUACAGCCACCUACAAGACUCAGAUCUAGGCUUCUUUCAAAGCUACAUUGAGCCCUACUUGGAGCAAGCACGUCGGAUCUGGCCGUGGCUGGUGGGAGCAGCACUGGUUGGAGCUGCCCUGGCUGCCGCCCUGGUGGGGUUUACCAGGCUGCUGUGCCGGCGCAAGAGAAAGCAGGUCCCCGAGGAAAAGCAGCCGCUCCUCUUGGGAAAGGAAGACUACAGCAGCUUAUUGCAUCAAAGCCGUUUGUAAAAGGCGCAAGCAAUAGAGUGGGCCCAGGGCGUGUGUCCUCACCUAAGUCAAGGUGCUGC